AUGGCAUGACACGCACCUGAAUGGACCCACUGUCCAACAUUCUUCUGCCAAGCCGAGCGUUUGUAGCGGAUAGUGAUAGCAAACACACACCACAUACACUCACACCAGUGCUGUACACAACAUGGGAAUGGUCAUGAGCUUUUUCCUCCUUACGGUACUCUUCGUGUGGAUACCAGGGUCCAUCGGCCAAGAUGUGGCGGUGGCCUUGAAGAGGUCCCUGUUGUCCAACUACGACAAAAGUUUGCGGCCGGUCAAGUCAGCGUCUACACCUGUGAACGUGGACUUCGACAUCUCCCUGAAACAGAUUAUUGACCUGGCGGAAAAGGAGCAGACAUUCCGAAUCAACAUCUGGCUGCGUCUGUACUGGGACGAUGAAUACCUGACAUGGAACGCCUCCGAACACGGCGGUGUGGAAGCACUGACCAUUCAUUCUUCCGACAUCUGGAGGCCUGACAUCUUCCUCUACAACAACAUCGCCGAGACGUACGGUGCCAUAGAGCCCAUCACUGACGUCACAGUGACCAGUGCAGGACGGGUGUCGUACCUGCAGCCCGCCAUCUUUACCAGCGCAUGCCUGGUGGACAUUACAAAGUUCCCAUUCGACAAACAGGAGUGUCUCCUGGAGUUUGGGUCUUGGAUCUAUGAUGGCGGAAGCGUGAACAUAUCCCUGGUGAACCCCACUGCAGACCGCGGUAUCUUCACCCUGAACGAGGAAUGGAUCCUAAAUGGAACUCCAAUGAGCAGACUGGCGGUGGUCUACCCUUGCUGUGUUAACCCCUACAUCACGAUCGUCCUCACGCUACAACUUGAGCGUCGGUCCUACUUCUACAUGUUCAACAUGGUGCUGCCCUGCAUCAUACUGAUGGUUCUCAACCUGUUCGGCUUCUACAUCCCCCCGGACAGCGGGGAGCGGCUGGGCUUCUUCAUCACCAUCCUGCUGGCUCUCGUCGUCUUCCUGCAAGUUCUGUCGGACUCUCUGCCAAAAACGUCAACAACUACUCCUCAGCUUGGUCAGUUCUUCGCCGCCACUAUUGCGCUAGUGGGUAUCUCGUGCCUGGCCUCCAUCGUGGUGAUCCGCAUGUCCUACAGCAGCCCGCCCUCCCGCCCGCUGCCCCGCUGGCUCCGUCUGCUCCUGCUGCGCUACCUGGCUCGCCUCUUCUGUAUGAACACCAUCGCGGAGGAGAAACACGUGGUUCAUCCAGCCAAAGAAGGCAUCGACAAUCUUGUCUUCAUGGACCACGACGGCGACACCAUCCAGCAGAAGGACGCGCCGACACUCGCGCUCGAUCUGUCUCUGCGCGAGAUUGUACGCUACAGCCGGGAAUACUCCGCCCAAACCCGAGAGAAGAAAGAGGAGGAGGCAGACCAGGACGAGUGGAAGAUGGCGGCUCUUGUGCUGGACAGGGCCUUUUUGCUGCUCGUUGGUAUCGCAAAUAUAGUCGUUUGCAUCAUACUACUGCGUUAGGUCACCUAAUCGGUUGUUGACAUCAAGAGACAAAGAGCUGUGACGCGUAAUGUACUAUAUUCAUUGACAAGGCAAGGAGACAAACUGUACUGUUGAACAUUAGAAUCUGGUUACAGGUAAAAAGCCUUUGUUACAGGGCAUCAAAUUAUGAGCUCAUGGAAAUAUCGUUCAUAACCAUAGCUUCCAAUGAAGGUGAAAAAUGUAAUCGAUUCAACUGUAUGCCACAUUCUUGUCAGCCUUUCUUAUUUUCUACGACAGGUUAACGUUGUUGAGUGAAGAGACACAUUGCUAAAUGUUGCUGCAGAUACUGUAAAUUUGUAAGACUUAAAUUUGCCGCUGAUAACUUACCAUUGUGAUUUGAACACACACAAAUAGAGACAACAGUUAUAAGGCAUUUUGCAACCUGCCUGGUGGUUGUAAACUUUGAUUAAAACAUUGAGUGUCGCCUUAGGAUAGGGGAAGUAAGUUUAUCAAUGUUAACGUUACCGUUAUAUGAGCUAUAGCUUUAUAUAACGUUAUAUGAGCUACUUUGAUUUGAUCCGAUAUUGAGUUGAUUUGAUUCAUUCUGAUUUUGUAAUUGUUGAUGCCAUCUGGGCUAUAUCAAGUGUUUGAACUUUGAAAAAAGGACAUGACUGAGUCUGUGAUUUUUUUCUACUCCAGUAGAAUUUAAGGUACACUAUAGAGAACUAUUAGACAUUGUAUGUAGUUGAGAUAGUAUUUCAAGUAAAACAAUCACGCAGACAAAUAAAUAAACUGUUUGACAUGA